AUGGAGGACCACGUGCAAGCAGCAUGGAAACAUUGGGAGAAACUCGGAAACCCUAGGUGGAUCAUGGCGCCGAUGGUUGAUCAGAGUGAGCUUGCAUUUCGGAUGAUGGGGAGGAAGUACAAUUGUGAUCUCUGUUACACUCCCAUGCUCCAUAGUCGGAUGUUUGUCAACAAUGCCCAUUACAGGAAGGACUACCUUCAAAGCUUUGAGAAAGAUAGACCUCUCAUCGUUCAGUUCUGUGCCAACAAUCCGAACACCUUGCUCCAAGCUGCAAAAUAUGUCGAAGACUCUUGCGACGCGGUUGACCUGAAUCUUGGUUGUCCGCAGGAGAUCGCACGGAGGGGAAGAUAUGGAUCAUUUCUGAUGGAAGAUUGGGACAGGAUACAUGAUCUCGUGCUUACUAUGAAACAAAGCUUGAAAGUUCCAAUCUGGGCGAAGAUACGACUGUUCCCAGAGAUCUCUCAGACGAUCGAGUACGCCAAGAUGAUAGAAGCAGCAGGGGCAUCGGCUAUUGCCAUUCAUGGGAGGACAAGGAAGCAGAAAGGAAACAAUCCAGGGCCAGCCAACUUGGAUUCGAUUCGAGAAGUUGCGAAACAUCUUCGGGUACCGGUGAUAGCCAACGGAAACAUCAGAACUUUUGAGGAGGCUCAGGAAUGUCUGAGAAAGACAGAAUGCCAUGCAGUCAUGAGCGCGUGCGGGCUGCUUGUCACCCCCAACUUGUUCUCCGGUACGUGA